UGAAGGAUAAUCUCAAAAAUUGAAGGCGUCUACCUUUGCAAAUAAGCGAAGGUCUCAUUUAGAAAAUGUUUAAUUUUCUUUUCUUUUUUAAUACUUUAAAAGCCCAAAACCCAAUCCCAUAAACCUAAAAUCAGGAAUUUUAGUCCGCCUCAGAUCUCCGUCUCCACAGGAAUGGCUACCAAGCAGCCAAAUACUGGCCUCUUUGUGGGACUGAACAAGGGACAUGUUGUAACCAAGAAGGAGUUGGCUCAACGUCCCUCUAACCGGAAAGGAAAAACUAGCAAAAGAGUCCAUUUUGUGAGGAACUUGAUUAGGGAAGUUGCUGGUUUUGCACCAUAUGAGAAGAGGAUUACUGAGCUUCUGAAAGUUGGUAAGGACAAACGAGCGCUCAAAGUUGCUAAAAGAAAGUUGGGAACUCACAAAAGGGCAAAGAAGAAGCGUGAGGAGAUGUCUAGUGUGCUCCGCAAGAUGAGGGCUCACCCUGGAGGUGGAGAAAAGAAGAAGUGAAGCUCUCUGGUGACAAGUCACCUUGAUGAUUUCAUUAGAGAACUUUGUUUAGCAUAUGUUUUAACGUAUUGGUUUGAGACUGAAAACUAUGCACUGAAUCUCGUUUGUUUAAUUUUAUAAUGUAUGCUAAAUUUUUGUGUUUA